AUGCGCAAAGGAUCGGGAGGAGAGAGCUUGAAAGCGGGGGAUCACAUCUAACUCAUGGAGAGCAGCGUACGUUUAUCGCAUCAUGGGAUAUACGUGGGCGACAAUAAGGUCAUCCACUUCACUAGAGGCAGAGGCCAGGAGGUCGGGACAGGAACUGUUCUUGAUGUCCUCCUCACGAGCUCAGGACCCAGGCGACGUGAAACACCGUGCACUAACCCUCACUGCACCACCCAACGAGCUGACUCCCAUGGAGUAGCCUCGUCCUGCCUCGACUGCUUCCUUGCUGGCGGCGUCCUCUAUCGUUUCGAGUAUGCCGUCAGCUCUGCCCAUUUUCUUGCCAAGGCCCGCGGCGGAACGUGCACUCUUGCGGCCUCCGAUCCAGACGAAAUUGUUGUUCAGCGGGCCAACCACUUACUUACCAAUGGUUUUAGAUGUUAUAAUGUGUUCAAGAACAAUUGCGAGGACUUCGCUAUAUAUUGCAAGACGGGCCUUUUGGUCGCAGAACAAGGAGUGGUAGGGCAGAGCGGGCAGGCUAUAUCGAUAAUAGGCGGACCCCUUGCUGCUGUCAUUUCGACCCCGUUUAGGCUAAUUACGACGAACGUGUAUGGGAUCGCUGUGACAGCUGUGGGAGUUUACUGUGUGAGCCGUUAUGCUGCUGACAUUGGGAAUAGGAGGGACGUGGUGAAAUUGGCUGUGGAGGAUCUGACGGCUGGAAUUGCAAGUGGCAGGAUUCGGGCCGUGGAGAGUGCGAUUCAGUUGGCUGUACCUGCAGAAGCUGUACCUGCGCAAGUAUCUACGCAAUGCUGAUCUCUCGCUUCGAAAUGGUUCUUAUGACAAAGGUGCCUCUGCUCAACCUACUUUGCUAGAAUUAUUAAUCUAUGUAAUAUCCAGUAUGCAAAUUGAAUUGAGAAUUGUGAUGCAGCUUGUCCAAGCGAAUUGCUCAAUAAAAUGUUCUUUAUGUAAUAUUCAAUAUGCUCAUUGAAUUGUGAAUUGUGAUGCAACGUGUCCAAUUGAAUUGCCCAAUAUAAUGUUCUAGUAUUGUUCUAUGUACAAGAAUAUGAUUAUGCAUUUCAGUGUAAUGUACGUAGUUGGUUUGCCUUUCUAA